UAUAAAAAACAGUGAAUGUCUGCAAUAUACAAUAAAGAAACAAUCCUUGAAAUAAUUAAAAUAAAUAUUAUAAUCAUUGUUACGCAAUUAUGAAAUUACUAUCAAGUAUCACCUGUCAAAUACUAAAUUAGCCUAGCAUUUAAAGGUUAGAUUUUGCCAAUGAUUCGAAUUUCAAAUUUAAAAAAUAUUUUUUACAUGAGUAUGAUUUUGGCACUCAAUAAUAGUAUCAAUUGUUCUACACUUUUACUCUCCUAAAAAUACUGAUCGAUUUUUAUUUAGAAUAAUUUAAUUAAAAUAAAAAUGUUUGAGCGCAUAAAGAAUUUUAUUCAAAGACACAGUCGUAAGUUUGCUGUCUGCGGUUUAAUUGCCAGCAGUUAUAUUGUAAUUUCAAAAUACAGCCAUCGUAAAAUAAUUGAAUGGCACAAACAGGAAGUACAAAAAAGAGUAUUAAAUUCAAAACGUAAGCAACAUUAUGAGUGUACAGAAAAAUCUUGUGUUCAAGCGAUUUAUAAUUUGGGCAGAUGUAUAAAAAACUCGGUGUUGAAAUACAUCAGCAGUCAGGAGAUAAUAGACAAAUUGAAAGACGGUAAUUGUGAUAAAAUUGCUUGUUGGAAUGAGUUGAAAGUAAACUCUAUCUGCAAAUCAGUUAUUAUAAUUUAUGCGGACAUUAUGGUUGUUCUGAUAAUGCAAAUUCAAUUGAAUUUGAUAAGCGCGCUGAUGUUUGUUGAUUCAAACAGAAUGGAAGAUGAGCGCGAGUUGAGAAGAAUCCAAGAAAAUUAUCUGAAUUUAAGUAAUUAUUUUAUUGAUGGAGGCAUUAAACAGCUGAGUUUAUUUAUAAAGCAAAAAGUUGAGCAAGUGCUUAAAUCAAUUUCGUUGAAAGAUAAACUUAGUUUAAAAGAAUUAGAACAAAUUUAUUUAGGUAUCAUGUCAAGUAUAUUGGCUGACAAAAAUGGAGAUCCUGUUAAAAAUUUCCGGCAAUAUGUAUUUCCACCGACGAUAAAUACUGAAAAUAAUAAUAGAUUUAAAGAAAUAAUCAACGUGACAUUUGAUUUGUUAGACAGCCAAGAAUUUCAUAGUCUGAUGCAGUCAAAUGUCAGAAGUGGAUUUGUUUUGAUGAUUGAUAAAAUUUCAGAAUUUUUUGACAAAGCCGUCAAUAAAAAUAGUGAAAAUUCUUCCUCGAUGACAGAAGAGGUGGCAGAAAAUUAUCUUAUAGUUCAUAAUUUAGAAAAUUCAAAAUUACCUAUGGCCAAAAUAAUUCCAAUAGUAAAUAAUUUAUUUCCGGAUAUCUCUGAGGGAAAUGACAUUCAUGAAACUUGGCUUAAAUUUUUGAUCGCUAAUCACCAAUUGAAAUCUUUCGGUGCUAACAUUUAUGAAGCAUUUAGUCCUUAUCAAUAAUUACUGCAUGUAAUUUUUUUUUUUUUUUUUACGUAAUAUUAAUUUAAUUUAUGUAUAAAAUUAAUAAAUUGGAAAGUAAAAAUAAAUAAUGUAUAGAAAACA